CUGUCCCUUGUAAUGAAGAGCUUUCAGCGAAGCCCGCUCGCUGCAAAACGGCUGAAAACUUGUCGCUACGCGUAAAAAAUUGAUAAAUUUUAACUUUAAUUUUUACUUGCAAACAAGGCAAAAUCUUUUUCUUAUCUACGAUAUUUCAUUUUGAAAGUAUUAAAAUCCAAUCUCACAGCUGUGUUUCAAAAUAUUUGUUUUUAGUGGUGUCAGUUUGCGAAGUAGGUUCUCCACUUCGUCAGUAAAAUUAUGAUAGUCUUUGUAAUGUCUAAGGUUCAAGGUGUCACGUGAUCUACUGUUUGAAAAAAAAAAAAAAAAUACUGUCAACUUUGCACGUUUUUGCUGAUAGGAAGUUCAAACAGUUCAAUCUGAAAUCAUUGAGAAAUUCGAUAGAUGGAUAUAAGGUUCGAUGAAAGUUCAAUGGCUCGUAAAGGUCUCGUGUUGUAUUUUGGCAAAAGGCCUAGGUCGCAUCUGGAGAUUUAUUAUCGAUACUUUAACGUCCGAGCUAAAACUGUAACCCUCGGUGUAAAACUUGCUUGUUUUGUGAUAUAUUGGAUUGCGGAUUUCCGGACUAUUAAUUACGAUAUUUAUAUUCAUAAGUAUGUAAAGCAUAUGUUUGUGUGUUUUUAAUGCCAAGAAUAUUCAUGUACUCUUAUUAGCUCGAACGCUAACUGGAGAAGAUAAAGGGAAGAUUAAUUCUUACUUUGCGACUCAAUUUCCGUAGAUCGCUGUAGUUUUGACGAUUGGGACCGGCGAUUCGGGCGGUCUUACGGAAACUAGGCUAAUGCACAAACUCAGUUCUAUCGUAUGAUCCUCGCUUAAUCCUGUAUUCGGAAAGACUGGGACAAUCUUUACGAUCAUAUGCAAACUAGAGUUGGAUUAAAGAAAUCUCUUGCAAAGUUACAUAGGCAAGACUGUUAAGAAGUGCGAAGAUAUUUAGGGAGAGAUAGGUACCAGUAAGUCAAAACCAUAGGUCACGGAGCAGAAUCUUGACACUUGCAUCUCUACUCUCAAACGUAAACAUUAUUCAAACACCACUCCCUCUUGUGGGGGCUGGUUGUUCCUACUCACACAUUCAAACAAAGCGCAAUUUUUUAAACCCAUCUUCCCCAAGAAUAUUUCGAAAUACUGGUGAGUUAAGUCUUCGUUUAUGGAAAAUCAUAUCGUGUAACACUCAAAAGAUCGAUGGUUAUCUAGGGCUUUAAAGGAAAUAUUAGUUGAGUGGUGAUAAUUGAGAAAGUAAAAUUAAAUGAAAUUUGACACAUCAAUAGCGUUUUGGCGUCUUGUGGAUUAGGAAACGAGAAUAGAACAGACACACCUAAACGAUAUCACAAUGAUAAUCGGUUUUGGUGCACAGACAAUGUUUAUUUUCUUAGUCGUUUGGCGGUUUUUCUGAUCGAGGCAUCGCUCGAUAUGUAGAUAUUGAUUCAUAUUUUCCGAGUUGUGGUUCCAUCUUUUCAUUAAGACAAAUCGGCUUUUAAGCUAAAUUGGUAAUUGAUUUUCUUGCUAUCUUUAUGCAUGUCUUAAAAGAAGGCCGCGCUAAAUUUCCAGUGACAUCUACGAGAGAAAUUAAUUGCAGUAGUGUAGGUUACUCAGCAAAGUACUAUCGUGACAACGUUUACUGUUACCGGCCGAAGUGUCGCGUGACUACUUAACUUCCUCUCUGUGAUUGCACAAUCGCGGGUCAAGGCUUUCAAAACAAGAAUCAUGUGAAUGUAACAUUUCGCAAUAAACAUUUCCUGAAAUAGAUGAAACUGUCGUUCAGAAUACCAGUUUUAUACUUAAGAGUUCCUGCUAUAUGAUCUGGAGAUCUAAAAGACGAAAGCAAAGAAGAAGGAGUUGGAAAUUCAUUUUGACAAAGAUGAUAAUAGAAUCUCAGUUCCGACUAUACAACAAUAAUAUUAUAAUACCCUUCUAAACGGUCUCCUUAACGAUAUUUUCAAACGCUUGGCAGUGUUAUUUCAUAGGUCCUCCGAAGUGUCUUUAUGAACCCAACAGAUUGAAGGUGUUAGACUGUAACUCCUCGGUUCUUACCAUUUUUUUUUCUUUCUUUGCGUGUAAGACUCAUUUUAAAUGCGCGUUGCUGUGAACACAUUUUCGUUACACAGAAUGCAUAUUUAAAUAUUUCAUUCAACAGUUUGUUUGAAUUUCUCUUCGCUGCGUGUGAAAAACACAAACAUCACAGUCCUGCACCGUAGCUUAAAAGUCGUAAAAUGUAACUCUCGUAACUUGAAAAAGUGUUUAUGACCGUAUGCACGCAUCUAGUUUUGUCGUGUAAAUCGCCGGUGAGUUUUGUUUUCUUCCGCCGCAACAAAGUUUGCGUAAGAGGCCAAUUGAAACAUAAAUACCCGCCCCCCCUUCGAAUCGGAAGUAAAGCAUGUUUACUAUUGGAUAAGCGUGACUUCCUCUGUCUGGGAGCCUUACUUAAAAAUUUCUACGGGAAGUUCAGUAGAAUUUAGUUUUAAAUCGUAUCACCACUGUAUUGCAAGAACAACAGAGCAUUCAGUUUUGCCAAAUGGAUCGGAAGAUCGAUACAACCUUGGAGGAAAGACUCAGCGAUAUUGACGAAUUUAUCCAGUCUGAACUGGGAUUCCCUCCUGUGAGUCAUAACUCAGAGUCAGUUACAGUCGAAGAACUUUACAGCAUAAGCUCCCUGUUUCGUGAAGCUGGGGACGAAUUAUUAGAGAACGAGACAAAUUGUGUCCCGAAGAGGGCUUGCGAAGUUGAAGUAGAAGUUCAGAUCGUGGGUCUCAAAGAUGUCUACGACAAAAAGACGAAGAAAACUAAAGAAGGAUUUGAAUAUCGCUUGGACGACGCAGAAGUAACUGUGAUUGUCCAAGCAUCUGAUGAAAUCUCCAGCAUUCGAGCUUACACUCAAAGGUGUCACGAGGCUGCGAUGAGGACUCAUGAUACAAUUGGUCCAGUGGAACUUGAUGUAAAAGUUGUUCAGAGUGAGGCCAGAUUCCGAGUCGUUGUAGUAGACCUUGGGUCGGUGUACAAGACACAGGGAGGUGAUCCAGUCUACUGGCUAGAGAAAGCAGAAGUCAUUGAAAGGAAUAAAUGGGAAAUGAUGAUAGAAAUGGAGUUUGGUUCAGACUUGAAAGGAACAGUUAAGUCAGAGCCAUUCAGAGUUACAACCAAAGCAAGUUACAAGAUAAAAGGGAAAGGAGAUUUGCCCAGCUGUGGAAAUGUACAAAGGUUAUUUCGAAAAUUCGGUUGGCCAAGUGACAGCAGAGAUGUUCCUGAUAGACCCUUUAGUGGAAUAAAACAAGAAUUUUCAAAUGAAGCGGCAUGUUCUUUGAGCGGAGAAUUAGACGCCUUCUCUUUUACAAAGGAGGACGACAAUACAUCGGGACACUGUCCUGCUGACAGUUUUGAGACCGAUCUCGAGUCUGGUUGUGAACCCUUGGCUGGCAGGAAAAUUUUGUUUAGAGAUCACACCACUUUAGAUAGAAAGAUGGUUUCAAAGUAUUACAAUAGCAAAUCAUCAAUUCAUUAUAUUGUGGAGCAACCCGAGGAUCCUGGUCUUCUAAAGUUGGUCGGGAAAAGAUGUAUGGUUGGGAGCACUCGCCGUAAAGCAAACGGACACAAGAGCGCCGAAGAGGAUUUCUGGUGGGCUUGUGGGCACUGUUUCUUCGAACGUCGUAAGAAGUCGACCAUAAAAGCCCAUGUUAGUCAAAGGGUUUGUCAAAAGUCGAUUGAAAAUAAAUUGUCAAAGAGAAAAUUAACAAGCCGCCAACACAGUGAAAGUGACUUAGUGGAACCUCAUUUUCUUGGUUAUACGUGGAAGGACUCUCUUUCUGUGUGAAUUGUGUAAUACUAUUGAGGUAUAUUAAUGGUUUGACGCUCACUGAAAGUGAAGUAAAGUAAAGUAAAGUAAAGUAUUUUGUUAAUUAUGCCAGAUAAUAUGUAAUUAAAUGUGGUGUAUAUAUCUUUUUCAUAUUGGUGUAUAUAAAAUUUAAAAUAUCAACAUUAUAAGUUAUAGAGUUGUUUUCCAAAGUGAUCUAUUUUUUGAAUUUUGUAAAAAUAAUAUUUUAUGAUUUUAAGGAUGACAUUUUGAUGAUAGGUUUUGUCAGAAUCCGCCUGGAAUGCGGGUUUAAGAUUGAAUACUAUUUAAAAGAAGAGGCAAAUAAUCCAUUGCACAGUCGGGUGCACUGUUGCCAAGCCUUUUACCAAGAGGAAGGUUAGAAUUUGUCGGCAGAAACUGUUCCUCUUUUCAUACUUGAAUUGGGUCUUUUACAAGCCAAAUGACUUGUCGUCUCUAUCAUUCUAAGUACUCUCCAAACUUAGCUUUUGUAUUGAGCUUUGAUAAUAUUCACAUAGUGUUACAAACUGUAACACGUUUGAAGCUGAGCUAUAAUGAAAUAAUGCAUGGCACAAAAAACGAGCAAAACAACGUUUUGUAACUGUAUCCCGUGGUUGGUCCACGAGUUACACAAACUAUAAAUAAAUUUCCAAUCUUUACAAAAA